GGCGGAAGUGGUUGGGGAGUGAAGGGACCCCCCGAGGGGGCGGUUCCCGUUCCUGCGCGGAGCCGGAUGUUUGCCGAUCUUUGACAGGCGUGGCCGAGGGAGCGGUGCCCGGGCGCGGUUUCCCUUCAGUUUCUGCUGCGAGGGACAGACUUGGCCAUGGACCCACUCUCAGAACUUCAGGAUGAUCUGACUCUCGAUGACGCCAACCAGGCUCUGAACCAGCUGAAGCUGGCCUCCAUUGAUGAAAAGAACUGGCCCUCAGAUGACAUGCCGGACUUUCCCAAGUCAGAUGAUUCCAAAAGCAGCUCCCCGGAACCUGUCACACACCUGAAGUGGGAUGACCCUUACUAUGACAUUGCCCGGCACCAGAUUGUGGAGGUGGCAGGGUGUGACGAGCCUGAGGGGGCCCAGCCAGGAGAUGACAAGUAUGGGCGGAAGAUCAUUGUGUUUAGUGCUUGUCGAAUGCCCCCAAGCCAUCAGCUGGACCACAGCAAGCUCCUGGGGUACCUGAAGCACACACUGGACCAGUACGUGGAAAGUGACUACACACUGCUCUACCUGCACCAUGGCCUGACCAGCGACAACAAGCCAUCCCUCAGCUGGCUGCGGGACGCCUACCGGGAGUUUGACCGCAAGUACAAGAAGAACAUCAAGGCCCUGUACAUCGUGCAUCCGACCAUGUUCAUCAAAACCUUGCUCAUCCUCUUUAAGCCCCUGAUUAGCUUCAAGUUUGGACGGAAGAUCUUCUACGUGAAUUACCUGAGUGAGCUGAGUGAGCACGUGAAGCUGGAGCAGCUGGGGAUCCCUCGCCAAGUGCUCAAAUACGAUGACUUCCUCAAAUCCACGCAGAAGAGCCCUGCCACGGCCCCCAAACCCAUGCCACCACGCCCUCCCCUGCCCAACCAGCAGUUUGGGGUCUCAUUGCAGCACCUCCAAGAGAAGAAUCCUGAGCAGGAGCCCAUUCCAAUUGUGCUCAGGGAGACUGUUGCCUACCUGCAGGCCCACGCUCUGACCACAGAGGGCAUUUUCCGGAGGUCAGCCAACACCCAAGUUGUCCGUGAAGUACAGCAGAAGUACAACAUGGGACUCACAGUGGACUUCAACCAGUACAAUGAGCUGCACCUGCCAGCAGUCAUCCUCAAAACCUUCCUCCGGGAGCUUCCUGAACCCUUGCUAACCUUUGACCUGUACCCUCAUGUUGUAGGCUUCCUCAACAUUGAUGAGAGCCAGAGAGUGGAGGCGACACUACAGGUUCUCAGGACGCUGCCAGAGGAAAACUACCAGGUGCUUCGUUUCCUGACUGCCUUCCUUGUUCAGAUCUCUGCCCACAGUGACCAGAACAAGAUGACCAACACUAACCUGGCUGUUGUCUUUGGUCCAAACCUGCUGUGGGCCAAGGAUGCUGCCAUCACCCUUAAGGCCAUUAAUCCCAUCAACACGUUCACUAAGUUCCUCCUGGAUCAUCAAGGGGAGUUGUUCCCCAACCCCGAUGUCAAGGAGCUCUGAACCCAGCCUCUGCCCACUGAGUACCCCUUCUCUGGCAGUCCCAGUUUGGACUGUUCCUCCUGGUAUCAGCGUUACAGGAUCCUGGGACCCCCUCCCCCGUCCAGGAAGGGGCAGUGAAGCCCCCCAUGGAAAUUGUAGCCAACCAACCAGGCAGCUCCUCCUUCCCCUCUGUCUAGUCCUCCUCACCGGCCCUGGAGGCCUUGCUAUUAUCGUCAGACAUUUUCUUCGCCUUAUACUUCUCACUGCCUCUCUGGAAGCCUGGCUGCAGCUGAGCUCUGCAGAGCUGGACUUGGCUCUUCAUGCGGGAGAAGGACUCACCCCUAGUAACCCUUUUCCUGCUUUCACUUAUGUCCGUUUCCCUGGUAACCAUGGGGGACUAAAUCACUGCCGGCUGGGCUGGUAGCUGGGGCUGGCCCACUCCUUCUUGACCAUGUUGAGGUGUCUCCCUGACUGGGUCAGUUGCCCUGAUUUUAAAGUCCUAUUCGGUAUUGGCCUGGAUGCAAGUCCCCUGCGCCUUUCCUCCCUGCUAAUGGCUCAGCCUUGGAUAAUUCCACAUUGAAGGAAUGACAGGACUGGAGUCAGCUUCCUAUUUCUGCCUCUUUGAUCUGCCUUUGCCAAAUAGUACUGCCCCAGUGUGUCUUAUCCUAGUUCUGUCUUGGAUGACAGAACUUAGAAUCUGCAUCCACUGAAAUAGGGGCCUCCCCUCCUGGGGAGAGCUGUUAUGUCGGGAUAGGGCCAGGGAUGAGCAGGCUCAGCCCUGUGCCUUGCCUGUGUGUUCUCGCAUGCGCACAUCCUUGGCCAUGUAGCUGUGUCUGUGUGGGGUCACACUGGUCCCAGCUGUGGCCAGAGGUGACUUAGUGCCUCCGGAUCUACGGUGGCUCCCUCCUCCAGCCUGGGAAUUCUUAGAGGAGCAGAGGCUCAGAAGACCCACGGGAGGGGGUAGAGAUUUUUAUGCUAGAUCAGCCCCUGCAGGAUGGAUUCUGGCAACCUCCCCAAGGGAGAAAUGGGGCUCCAGAGCCCCAUUAUCUUUCGAAAACCUGGACCUCCAUAGUGAUUGAUAUUCCUCAUCUACUAUUUUGAUGAGCCCUAGGGGACCCUCUUCAUGUAGCUUUGUCCCCUGUAGCAGGGAAGUACCUACAGUGACCCUGCUGCCAUAGCCACCACCAGGCAGAACAACUCCAGAGCCUGUAGUAUGGGAAUCCCCAGUGACUUGCUCCCAGGUGGGGCCAAGCCCUCCCUGGGCUCCUCUCGAGGUGUGCUGGGGCCUGGAGCUGCUGCUGGUUCUGUCAGUCCCUGUGUUUCUCGCUUGGCCCUGGCCUGGGCUGCUCUGCUUUUGCUCUUCUUUGUAUAGUAAAGAGCCAACUGCUCUCAGCCCCAGUCACUUGGGGAGCCUUUUGGGUUUCUUUUGUCUCUCUCCUGUCUUUUGCCCCAUUGGUCUGUACCGGGGGCACUUGUACUGUGAAUCAAGUGUUCACAUUCACAUUUAAUAAUUUCCUUGGCACCAAUCAUGUAUUUCACCGUUCACACUUUUUGUAUUUCAAUAAAAAAAUGAAGACCU